UGUCUUUUUAUACACCGCGAAUCGUUUUUGGAUCAAAUUGGUUUCAUAACAUUAGGUAGAUUUUAAUAAUUUUAUCAUUUAUGGUGAUAUUUAGAAGCGAAGUAUUUGGUUAAACAAGUAAUGGAGCUGCAGGACGAGUUUUAUAGCAAUGCUGAGUAUAUUGAAACGGCAUCUGGAAAUAAAGUGAGCAGACAGUCCGUCCUUUGUGGAAGUCAGAAUAUAGUAAUAAAUGGAAAAACCAUUAUUAUGACAGAUUGUGUAAUUCGGGGAGAUUUAGCCAAUGUUAGAAUUGGGAGACACUGUGUUGUCAGUAAAAGGGCUGUGAUAAGGCCACCAUUUAAGAAGUUUAGUAAAGGUGUUGCUUUCUUUCCCCUUCAUAUUGGAGAUCAUGUUUUCAUUGGAGAGGACUCCAUUGUAAAUGCAGCACAAGUUGGAAAUUAUGUUCACAUUGGGAAAAACUGUGUUAUAGGUAGGCGAUGUGUGCUGAAGGAUUGCUGUGCUAUCGCUGAUGACACUGUGCUUCCACCAGAGACGGUGGUGCCACCCUUCACAGUGUUUUCAGGCUCUCCAGGGCAGUUUACUGAAGAGCUACCAGAAUGUACCCAAGAUCUGAUGGUUGAUGUUACCAUGAGCUAUUACCAGCAUUUUAAAGCCACACCUUCCAGUAAGACAAAAGAGAGGAAUAAAUAGAUUUGGAGACUAUGAACAAGGGGGCCAUGAUCUAGUGCAAUAUAAUUAUGUGGAUUAAUUUAUGAAGUGGAGGAAAAGCCGUCAAAUAUAUCGCGUAUAUCUUAUGAACUCUAUAACUGCAUCAUUAUCGUGGACACACAAGUGCUUAUAUAUUAUGUUUUCUUUUUUGUCUGCCAUACAUUAUGUAUGACUUAAAUGUAUCCAAUAAAACGAAAAACAACAGCAACUAAAAGUGUUUCUUUUCA